AUGGUGACUGAUUUCGUGAAGGCAUAUCACGGAACGGUGCUGAUUGAAAGCAGAGGAGUAGACCCUGCAAAGCAAGUUGUCAUGAUUGUGGAUAACUACCAAUCUUUUAUGAGGCUACUCAGUAGACUGAAGUCGGACCUGAGAGGUCGAUACUUAUUCAAUGGAGGAGCCAAAUUCUUAAUCGUCAUCAAUUCAAACCGCAAGAAACUCGAUCAUAUUACUACCAUUCUAUGGAGUUACUACGUCACCGACGCAAUAAUCUUAACGAAAGACAAGAAGAACAAAGUUGCCUUGUUCACUUACUAUCCUUAUAGAAAUCAUUUGAACUGUCAGAACACGGAACCGACCUUCAUCAGUUAUUGGAAGCCGGACAUGUCUCUGAGGGACAUGUAUCCUGACAAAAUGAGUAACAUGCAUGAGUGUCCUUUGUACAUUUCUACGAAUAAAAUCUACCACCAGGGAGGCACUGACCGGAAAAUUCCACUGCAAAUAAUCAAGAAAUCAAUAGUGAGAUUGCUCCGGGACAUCAUGAAUUUUACGCCCAUAAUAUCGGCCAGAGAAUACAUCAGCAUCGAUUCGGAUCGAGCCAAGAACUGGUCGGAUUCUUUGAAUGAUGUUAUUUCGGGGUUCGCGAACAUUUCUACGUGCACCAUACCUUUAGGAGUCGACAGACUAGGUCUUCUAGAUUAUUCGAUGCCGUAUUUCCGUAUUCGCAUUGCGUGGCUGGCUCCUCCGGUUGGUCCAGGGCCCAUGUGGUGGCGACUUCUAUCGCCGUUAAAUGGGUACUUAUGGCUCAUACUCCUCGUAGUAACAUUCAUAGUCAUCUCUCUCCCCUUUGUUUUAAAGUUUAAGCGUACAAAGCAAUUCUGUAACCGGUAUUUCAAGAACUUCGACAAAGUUCAGGGAGCAGCGUUUAGAGUUUGGGGAGCUAUGCUGGGUCAGACCAUCAGAGUAGCUCCAAGGAGAUUCAGAGACUUCUACAUCGUAGGACUGUGGAUAUGGUUCACUUUUGUUGUCCGAAACGCAUACCAAAGCGUCCUUAUUGGUGCUCUGAAGACAGAUACUCUUACAGGAAAUUUCGCGAAUUUGAAGGAAACUAUUGACAGUGGGUUUAAGUUUGGAGGUAGGGCUGGCAUUUACGGUCACUUCGAAUUUGAUCCCUUGAUCAGAGAUGGCUUUGAAAUAAUCCCUGAGGUGAAGUUCGAAGACUUUUUCCGUGAGAUCUUGGAAGGGAAGAGGAAGUUUGUGCUAGCUACGUCCUUGGAGUAUGCAUUUGCUUUUUGCUUGGCGCAAGGGAAGAAAGAGAAUGAGUGUGGUCAUGUGUUACCGGACUCCAUAUUAACUGUUCCAUUGGUUGUGUGGAUGAAGAUGUACUCUCCGUUUGUGAGACCUCUCUCUGUGUGGUUACCGAGGAUGAUUGAAAGCGGUCUGUUAGAGAAAGAAGCAAACUUGAAGACUACUUACGUCCCCACAAUAAAUUCUGAUCCAUCACCACUGACUCAGCAUCAGACCCUCACUUGCUUCCUCUGUCUUGUUUUUGGCUGUUUGAUUUCUUUGAUAAUAUUCUUUUUGGAGAUUUUGAGAAAGAAGUCGUCUAACUAUACAAUCGUGAAGAAGAGUAAGUUGGUAGCGCUGGAGAAAGAGUGGGAGUUUGUAAGAGACUAUAAAGAAUAG